AUGGAUUCACGAAAAUCAUCAUCCACGCCAAAACAAUCCUCAUCACCAUCAGGAUUAGCAACUACUUAUCUACUCAUCUAUAAUGGUGUUCUUACCAUUGGAUGGGCGUUGAUCCUUUUCGAAACAUUUAAGCGUGUUCUUUCGUAUAAAUCCGUUCAAGACUUAGGAGAAUGCUAUGGUUUAUGGAAUUCUAUUGAAAUUCCACUUAAAAUCUGUCAGACAGCCGCAUUUCUUGAAGUUUUCCAUGCUAUGUUUGGCCUUGUUCGUUCAAAUCCAAUGAUCGUUCUUAUUCAGAUCAUUUCACGAGUUUUUCUCGUAUGGGGCGUUGCUAAUUACAUUCCGCAUGCGCAGCACACCACAGGAAUUUUCUUAGCUGUUACAGCGUGGAGUAUAACCGAAAUCAUCCGUUAUGCUUAUUAUGCUUUGAAUUUAUUACAAAUAUCUCCUCAAUGGUUGACAUGGUGUCGAUACACAUUCUUCAUCGUGCUCUAUCCAAUGGGCGUAACAGGUGAACUUCUUACAAUCGUCAAAGCUAUGCGAACAAUCUAUCCGGAAUUAGUUCGUAACCGUUAUUCAAUUUUAUUGCCCAAUAAAAUGAAUUUUGGUUUGGAUUAUUUCUAUUUUCUUGUCGUUGUCGUACUUGCCUACUUAUACUUUCCGACGAUGUACAAGCACAUGUUCACUCAACGUGCUAAAACUUUGAAAUCUUCACCAGCCAAGAAAGUUCAAUAG